AUGGCCGCCGACACCAAACAUGCUGUCGACAAGGAGGAUGUCUACCCGGUAGAAAACUCCGACCGAGCUGAGGUAGAUUCCCAGACCGACGUACUACGGGCGGCAGGCAUCGGCAUCCACGAAGAUGAUCCCACCGAGCCCAUCCUAACGCUGAGGAUGUGGAUUCUUGGCAUCGGAUUUUGCAUCGUGGCCAGUGGGCUGAACACCUUGUAUACUCUUCGGAAACCAUCCAUCACAAUCUCUUCUUCCGUGACCUUGCUGCUGGCCUACCCGCUCGGGAAGCUGUGGGAAAAGACGAUCCCGAGCUGGAAUGUUAACCUCGGCGUGUGGAAGUUCAAUCUGAACCCGGGUCCUUUCAAUCAAAAGGAACACGUCUUAGUUUACAUUAUGUCCAAUCUCAGUAUCUACGUCCGAUUAGGCGCAGACGUCUUGACUGAACAACAAAUGUUUUAUGGAUACGCAGCGGGAUGGGGCUUCCAGAUCCUGAUCACUUUGGGCACAUUCUUGGUUGGGUUCUGUUUGGCCGGAUUCUUCCGAUCGGUGGUUGUGACGCCUCGGGAGCUUCUCUGGCCCGGCGUGUUGAGUACAACAUCGCUGACGACCACGUUGCAUAAUAUUGGUCAAGGGGAUCUGCAGGCAGUUAAGGAUACGUGGAAAAUGUCUCGUUAUGCAUUCUUUAGUUUGGCCUUCUGCAUCUCCUUCUGCUGGUACUGGCUUCCGGAUUUCAUCUUCCCGGCACUGAGCUACUUCACCUUUCCGUGCUGGAUCAAUCCGAAGAGCACUGUGGUCAACCAACUGUUUGGAAUGGAGAGUGGCAUGGGCUUAUUACCUAUCACGUUUGACUGCAAUCAAAUAUCUUAUGUCGGCUCACCGCUCCUGAUUCCGUCCUGGGCAAUUCUAAAUGUAUUUGCUGCACUGGUCUUCUGGAUCUGGAUCGUGGCUGUUGCGUGUUAUUAUCGUAACGUGUGGUAUACAGGCUACUUGCCCUUUCAGAGCUCCUCAGUGUAUGAUAAUACGGGUGCUGUUUACAAAGCCUCCAAGGUGGUCAGCAAGGCGACCGGCUACAAGUUUGAUCUUGCCAAGUACAAAGCUUAUUCUCCGGUCUACAUGCCUGUCACCUAUGCAUUGAAUAUGUUCGGUCUGUCCUUCGCUACCCUGAGCUCGCUCCUCGUCUGGGUCCUUCUCGAGAACCGCACCGAUAUAACUGCAGGCGCCCGUCGGAUCCCCCAGGUAAUGCGGAAAUAUUUUUCCAAAAGCAAGGACACAGAAGAGAACCCCGGGUACCGGGAUGUUCCCGUCUCAUGGUAUCUUGUAGCGGCUGUAGUGGCAUUGUUUCUCUGCAUAUUCUCGGUUGAGUAUUGGCAUGCUGAACUGCGGUGGUACGGAGUUCUGCUGGCAUGUGCAGUUGCUCUGGUCUUCUACGGCCCGCUCGCCAUCGUGUAUGCGACCUCCAACUUGAAGAUUAACAUCGACAUCUUUUGCCGAAUUGUCGCCGGUUUCGUGUUCGAGGGCAAGGUUCUGGCCAAUAUCUGGUUCUUCGACAUCGGCUACAUCACCACCAUCAAGGGUCUCUAUUUUGCAGAGGAUAUGAAACUCUGUAACUAUUGCAAUAUUCCCCCACGCAAGGUAUUCAUUGUGCAAUGCGUCGGGAUGAUAUUCGGAACCCUCAGCUCCGUGUGCGUCUUGAACUGGAGUCUAGGCAAUAUUCGCGGAGUCUGCACGACCGAAGCUGUCAACAACUUUACCUGCCCCUUCUCGCGUACCAAAUUCAACACCAGCCUUAUCUGGGGCGCUAUCGGGCCCCGAAACUACUUCAGUAAUGAUAUCGGCUACAGCUCUCUCCUCUACUUCUUCAUUAUCGGUGCUAUUCUCCCUAUCCCGGUCUACAUUCUCAAGCGCCGCUACCCCAACUCUCUCUGGCGCUGCGUUCAUAUCCCCCUGUUUCUGGGUGGGUUGAACUACCUGCCUCCAGCGACCGGCACCAGCUACGGCAGCUGGGCGCUCGUGGGCCUGACUUUCGGCUAUCUUCUCCGCAGACGGGUACAUCAGUGGUGGUACAAAUAUAACUUCGUGUUGAGUUCCGCCCUAGACUCGUCGGUCUCUAUCGCGGGCGUGGUAAUCUUCUUUGCCAUCUAUUUCAGUGGAGCGUCAAAGCACUUUAGCUGGUGGGGGACCGAAGUUUACAAGAAAACGUGCGACUACGAGGGCUGCGCUUAUUUUUCAGUGCCAGAGGGCGGCAAAUUUGGUAUCUGA